AUGGCCACGUCUCGCCCGCUGCUGUGGCUGCUGCUGCUGCCCACACUCUGGGGCCCAGGUGCUGCUGUAGGGACCACCUCCUCCCUGGCCUGUGCCCGGGGCCCCGAGUUUUGGUGCCAAAGCCUGGAGCAAGCAUUGCAGUGCCGAGCGCUGGGGCACUGCCUGCAGGAGGUCUGGGGACAUGCGGAGGCCGAUGACCUGUGCCAGGAAUGCAGUGACAUCGUCCUCAUCCUCAUCAAGAUGACCAAGGAGGACAUUUUCCAGGACGCGAUGCGGAAGUUCCUGGAGCAGGAGUGUGAUGUCCUGCCCCUGAAGCUGCUGGUGCCCAAGUGCCGCCAAGUGCUCGACGCCUACUUCCCGCUGGUCCUCGACUACUUCCAGAGCCAGAUCAACCCCAGUGCCAUCUGCAAGCACUUGGGCUUGUGCAGACCUGGGCGUCCAGAGCCAGGGCGGGAGCCAGAGCUGCCGGACCCUCUGCUGGACCCUCUGCUGUCCGAGCUGGUCCUUCCCGCGCUGCCUGGGGCCCUCCAGGCACUGCCUCAGACGCAGGAUCUCGCUGAGCAGAAGUUCCCCAUCCCCCUCCCCAUCUGCUGGCUCUGCAGGACUUUGAUCAAGCGAGUACAAGCCGUGGUUCCCAAGGGUGUACUGGCCCCAGCUGUGGCCCAAGUGUGCCACGUGGUACCCCUGGUGGCGGGCGGCAUCUGCCAGUGCCUGGCCGAGCGCUACACUGUCAUCCUGUUGGACGUGCUGCUGGGCCGCGUGCUGCCCCAGGUGGUCUGCGGCCUUGCCCUCCGGUGCUCCAGCGAGGAUGGUGCUGGCCCAGGUGAGCCUGCGGGAGAAUGGCUACAGCAAGACCCCAAGUGCCGCUUCUGCGAGUUCGUGACCACCCAGGCAGGGAACAGCAGUGAGCAGGCCGUGCCUCAGGCAAUGCACCAGGCCUGCCUCCGCUUCUGGCUGGACAGGCAAAAGUGUGAGCAGUUUGUGGAGCAGCACUCGGUGCAGCUGCAGACCUGA